AUGCCACGUAGCAGCGAGAUGUACCGCAGACGACACAUUACGCUUCCAAUAUUUUCCGCGGAGGCGGUAUCUCCCGGUUUGUCACGGGUCGGAGUCACCCGACAGGAGUCAGAAACGUCAUUUUUGUGCGGACCGGCGACUCGACGGACCCCGGCCGAGGACGCCGCUCGAACCGCGGUUGCGGACGAGAGCGGCGAUACGAGUCGGAGACACGAACGGAGACGGAUCGCACGGUCGGCGCGUAAGAGCGGUUCGGACGAAGACAUUCGGGAACCGAGGACGAAGACGCCGCGCCACGAAGACGCCACGCCACGAAGACGCUCGUCAAUUGUGGACGAAGAUACCGGUCGACGCGCGAGGAAGACGCUCGGGAACACGGGAAGAAUACCACACCGGCGAAUGCGGGAAGAUACUCGUCGACGCAGAAGAAGAUGCCCAUCAAUAUUGUAUCGCGAAGUGCCGGGCUAGUGUUAUUGUUUUAAAGGCGAUUUAAUGUGUAAAAUGAAUGUACGUGUCGUUUGUAACGAUUGUUAUAAUGUUUGUAGUACGGUUUUAGACACCGACUCCGUGAAGACGGAGGAAGUCGAUACAUGUCGAGAAUGAAUUUAUUGAAGAUGUUGCCUGUGAUCACUAGGGGUUUGCACUAAUUUGGCGAGAAGAUUAUCGUCGUAGACACGUUGCAAAUAGAUUGCGGAACGUCAUCGAAUGCGGCACGCACGUCAUUAUGGCGGGACACGUCCGUAAAUAACGGCAGCGUAAAUACGAGACGACGCGGCGGCUGCGGGGACGCGCGCCUCUCGAAAGUAAAAGAACGGCGGAGAUCGGACCGACACGGAUGGCGUCAUCGAGGUAACCGAUAAGAAUGGAGAAUUGAUGACUAUUUGGUUGAGUUAUGAGAAGGGGAAGAUAGUUGGUGGGUUUGUUUUGGACAGAGAGUGUAGUUAUAUAUUAGUGAAUAUAUAAAGUAAAAGGUGAUGAGGACGGUGGUGGGGGGACAACGAAUGAUAUAUUUUGUAGGGUAUGGACGUGCUAGUACCGAGUCGGCGUAGUGGCAUAAUUGUGAAAAAUAGAUGCGACAGGGAUUUUGAAGAGAAGAAAAAGUCGCGCGGUAGAGGAUAUGCGGGGAAAUCGGCGGAAGAGACGACGAAUUUAGUAAAUGCCGGUUUAGGAAAGGGUCGCACGUAAAGCGGGCGGUGCGGGCAUCUGCGGAUACGGACGACGGUCGAUCGGGGUCCGUUUACGGGACGGGAAAGAGGAUCGACGCGGGAAGUACGGAGAGGGCGACGGAGAACGGACGGGAAUUUGCAUGGAGACGAGGCGGCGCAGAAAUGAAAGCGUCCGAGGUACCGCAGGGAAGUAUACCCGCGAGAUGUGUAAAGAAUGGUUUGGAAGUAGAGUUAGUCGAGAGUCAUGCGUUUGAAAUGGUGGGAAGGUUUGAUAGGUGUAGGGGUUUUACGUAAUUGCGGCAGUUCGUCGGAGAGCGGGUAUCUACCGGUAAGGAAAUACGCGAUGCAGCAGCAAUAUAUUUUUGGUUAAUAGCAGUUUGACGUAUUCGGUAUGAAUUUAUACUCGUUCACCUGCACUCUGUGUUGCUGCACUCGUGUUAAGGUGUUUAUUGUGAAGGUGUUUGUAUAAUAAUAAAAUUUGGUGGACGAGUAGGAUAAGUCGAAGGGGAAGGAAUACGAGCACAAUGUUUAAUUUGUAAGCCCUCCCUUUUUUUUGUGUUUUCCGUCUGCCUUCCUGUUCUCCUUUUUGUAUCUCU